UCACGGCCACGGCGAGCACGUAAAAGUAGCACGUGUUUAUCACAUUAUAAAUAAUCACACGUUAAAAAUGAGGUGGACAGUGAAAGGCUGUAAAAACUAUUUUCAGAAAACGAAAAAUCUCAUUCGAAAUUGUGAAAUAUUUUUCAUUUCCAAAAGACGAAGCUGUUUGCAUGAAGUGGCGUGAAGUUUGUACAAAUCAAGAUAUCUCCGUUACCAAAGAAUGAAUAUGUUCAAUACAUUUUGAACUGUCAUGCUUCAAAAUAUCUUUUCGAUUGCAACUGCUGGGGUACUCUCUGAAAAGUUCAUAAGCUGAACAAUAAUACGGUUCCCAUGUUGCAUUUAUUUAAUGACUUGCAUGUGAAAAAUACACAAUCGCUUAAUCAUUUUGAUGAAGGAGGAACUACAUCAUUGAUAGCAAAUGCGUUUAAAGUAAUGAUAAAUGUACCAAUCGAUAAUAUCAAUAUGCCUGGAGAAGUGUUAAAUGCCUAUAUGCACAUCAAUGUAUCACAAGAAGUAGUGCAUUCAUCUGCAGUUUUAGCAAAUAUGUCAAUGGAUUGUGUCGGUACACUUAUUCAAGAAGGGUCGAAUACUUUAAUGAAUAUGAAAGUUGCAUUGGAACAAAUAGUGCCUUCAUGUACAGUUAUAGAAAAUGUGGCGAUGGAUUUCGCCGAUGUGUCUAAAAAAAAUGUCGACUGCGUCAACACACAUCGAUGUCGCAUCAAAAGAAAUUGUAGAUGCAUCAAAGAGUAUUAUGGAUGUGUGUAAUGUGGACAAUAUCGUACAUGUAACACCAAGUGUAUCAUCUGCCAUAACAAAUCUUCAUAGCUCAAGUAAAAGCGUUGACUCCAU